CCGUCAUUGGUCAAAAAGGGCGCGGCUUCACCUGCGAAUCCUGCCAGUGUCAUCAAAACCAUCACCCAUCAAGCCAGGUAUAGCUUCGCUGCCAUACGCCGCGCACGCAUUGAUCGAAGACCUUUCUGAUUCGAAGUAGCCAACGGUUUGUGUCUCGGCCACAGAAAAGAGAUCCGCGGAGUCAUUGGCACGAUCGAGGCGUGCUGGGCUGGCUCAUUGGCACAAGGCGUCAUUGAUUGGGUGGAGCCCAUUCAGUCGUAAAAGGUCACAAAAUGCCACCCAAGACGGCGGGAAGCGGUGCACUGCGACCUGGAAAUCAUGCCGGUCCAAACACCACCACCGCAGCACCAGCAAUGUCAUCAUCGUCAUCUAGCCGAUCACCUACCAAAGUCAGUCAAGCUGCAUCCCGCUCAUCCAUCUCGUCUCGAUCUACGACGACCCAUCAAAGCUGGCCAGCCCUCUCCUCCAAACCGCACUCCUUGCUACUCCUGCCCGCCCUAGCAGCAUUCAUCCUCGUCCUUUCUCUCUUGGCAUGUUGGUCUCACUACUACCUUCCCCAACCCGUCACCCUCGCCCAAUCCGCCCUGUCAGAGUCAGCGGGCAAAGGAGCUCUGUUCAGCGAAGAGAGGACUUUUCAAGUGAUGCAAAAAUUGGCGAUAGAUAUCGGGUAUAGGAUAGUGGGAACCAAGCAACACGUUCAGGCGGAAGAGUGGCUGGAGAGCGAGAUCAAACCUCUGAUUGGGUGGCAUCAGACCGGAGAGGGUCGGGGAAAUGGCACGCAGGUGGAGAUGUGGACGCAGAUUGGUGACGGCGCUCAUCGCUUUGACUUUAUGCACAACGUCGUCUUCAAGCGCUACAUGAACAUGAGUAAUGUGAUUGUUCGUCUCUCCGACGGCACGGAUGAGGGCAAGGAGCAUGCUGUGCUCAUCAAUGGGCAUCUUGACUCUACUCUGCCAAGUCCUGGAGCAGCGGAUGAUGGUGUAGCCAUCGGCAUUAUGCUCGAGCUUCUACGCAUCUUCACAACCAGCCCACGGCCCAAGCUACGCCACUCGAUCAUUCUGCUCUUCAACAACGGCGAAGAGUCGUUGCAAGAUGCUUCCCACCUGUACAUCACGCAACACGAGCCUACCCGUCAUAGUGUGCGAGCCGUCGUCAAUUUAGAAGCUUGCGGCGUGUCUGGACCCGAAUUGCUCUUUCAGGCCGACUCGGAACAGCUUGUGGAAGCGUACGCGAAGGCUCCGCGGCCUUUCGGUACCAUCUUGGCCAACGAUGUCUUUGGCAGUGGCAUAAUUCUCAGCGACACGGAUGCCCGGCAAUUCGCAGAGUAUGGAAACGUCCCGAUGUUGGAUAUGGCCAUUGUGGGCAACAGCUACUUGUACCACACCAGAAAGGAUGUUCCAAAAUACAUUCAGCCUGGAGUGGCUCAGCACUUUGGGGAGAAUGUGCUGGCCAUCGUGCAACACUUGACUACGGAUCCCAAAUCUAAAUUGGCGAAUGUCAAACAGUUUCCCAAAAGAAUGCCUCCAAUUUACUUUACCAUCGCUGGCAAGUACUUCAUCCACAUUAGCAACAAGGCGUGGAAAGGCCUCUCGAUGGCAAUGUCAGCGUUCGCCAACUUCUUCCUUUCCUCCACCGUCCGCGCGGAGAAGCACUUUGGUUCGCUCCAGACGACGACGCUAGCCAUCUUUGCUGUAGUGCUCUCACUCUUCGCAAGCUUGAUCAGCGCGAAUCUCGUCGCUUUGAUCAUGACGCAAGUGCUCAACAAGGGCAUGAGCUGGUUCUCUCACGAAUUAUACCCUGUCGUAUUGUACGGCCCGCCGGCAGUGGCGGGCAGCCUGGCAGUCCAGCUGGCAAGCUCUUACUUCUUCACGGGCGAGCGCAGAGCUUCCAUGGAAAGGGCAACGCUCAACGGAAUGUUUGCAAUCUUUGCGCUGUCGCUCAUGUGCCUCAACGCGUUUGGCAUUGGCUCUGCGUACCUGUUCGGCCUCGGCACAUUUGCUCUGCUCUUCGUCACCGCGUUGAACGACUUUGUGCUGGUUGGCUUCGGCGCAAUCGAGCUCCGCAAGGUGGCCGCGGAUCAAAGGGUGCACCCUCUAACUUAUUUUCUGCUUAGCAUCAUUCCAUCGGUCGUCGGAUCCGAAGGUCUGGUAUCGUUCUUGGAUCUGUUCGUUCCCUUGACGGGCCGCACUGGCGAGAUUUCGCCCUCCGAUCACAUCAUCGCGACAAUCGUGGCCGCGCUUUCGUUCAUGUCUCUGCCCAUCAUGCUGCCACUUGCACAUCGAUAUGGUCCGAAGCACAUAACGCGAGCAAUUGCUGGGCUUUUGAUCUUUACAAGCAUAGCCAUUGCGGUGUUUGCAAGUCCUUCCUUUUCCCCUUGGACGCCUUUGACGCCCAAGCGCAUAUUUGUUCAUCAGGUCGAGAACAUUACCGACGGGACGUGGAGCAUGAACAUGGGCCAUGCUGACGCGGCGCCUGGUCAUUGGCAAUUGGUCGACGACGUCAGGACCGCUUUGGUGCCAGAGCACGCCCCGGCAGUCAAGCAGGUAAUGAAUGAGAAUAAUACCGUGUUUGACAUUCUGCACCCAGUCAGUGCCUUUUUGACGCCGUUCAAGUUCGACUUGCCGCCGCCCGCUUCCGGUCAAGUCUCUCCCUGGUCCGCACCCAAUGCCUUUACCGUCACAUCCAGGGACGAGGAGUUGGACCUGGUGGCCGGAACGAGGCGCGUUACCAUCGAAGUCAAGAAACCAGGCUUGAUCUGGUCCGUCAUUGCUUUCCACGCCGACGUCUUGGAGUGGGAUUUGCCCGGCGUUUCCCCACCUGCAGGCGGCAGGCAGAGACAUCACAUCAAGGAAGUGGGCAGGUAUGGGGUGGAGAGUUGGACCAUACGCCUCUUGCUUCGGCUCGACGAAGACGCGAGGGCAGCAGCGGCUAUCCGAGGACCGGACCGUGCACCCUACUCGGCGUCUGUCCGCGUAGACUCUGCGACAGCAGCCGAAGACCAAGUGUACAGAAAUCCCUCUAGACUCUGGAUCGAUUAUUCCGCUUUGGACGCAGAGGGAAUGUGGCCAAAUUCUAGACAUUUGGUCGAGAGCAGGCCAUCUUUGAAGACGUUUGAAAAGAUGGACAGGUAUUUGGCCAAGUCGCACCCGGAAGUGGACGCCAUGCUGCUUUCUGUAGUUGCUGGCGUCGCUCAAGUCUAAAAUCCGCGUCGUUGGUGCCUCCUUGCUACCGCAGUCGCACGCUGUGCAUCAAAAGGCGCAAAAUGAAACAUCAUUCGAACUCCC